CAGCCCGCGGGAGCCAUGUUGUGCCGCAGGCGGUGGCGCCGCCUGGCGCUGCCGCCGGCACCGAGCCCCGGGCCCCGGCGGGCGGGCAGCGGGGCGGCACCGGCAGCGGGCUACGAGGUGGUGGUGAUCGGCGGCGGCCAUGCCGGGACCGAGGCGGCGGCGGCGGCUGCUCGCGGCGGGGCCCGCACGCUGCUGCUCACGCACAAGAUCGGCACCAUCGGCCAGUUGUCCUGCAACCCGUCCUUCGGCGGCAUCGGCAAGGGGCACCUCGUCAGGGAGGUGGACGCGCUGGACGGCUUGUGCGGCCGGGUGUGCGACCUGGCCGGCGUGCACUACAAAGUGCUCAACCGCUGCAAGGGACCGGCCGUCUGGGGGCUGCGGGCGCAGGUGGACCGCGGCCUCUACAGGGACAACAUGCGGAAGGAAAUCCUUAACACACCACUGUUGACAGUUCAUGAGGCAUCUGUGGAAGAUCUUCUCUUGACAGAACCAGAACCAGACCAUCCUGGGAAGUGCCGAGUCAGAGGAGUCGUUCUGGGGGAUGGGAGCACAGUGCACGCGGGGAGUGUCAUCCUGACCACGGGCACGUUUCUGAGGGGCAUGAUCCACGUUGGCCUGGAGAAGCAUCCGGCCGGGCGCCUAGGGGAUCAGCCGUCCAUCGGGCUGGCGCAGACGCUGGAGAGACUGGGGUUCGCCGUGGGCAGGCUGAAGACUGGGACACCACCCCGGCUUGCCAAGGACACGAUUGACUUCAGUGGCCUGGAGGAACGUACAGCUGACAAUCCCCCUGUGCCGUUCAGCUUCCUCAGCAAGGCUGUGUGGAUCAAGCCAGAAGAUCAGCUCUCAUGCUACCUGACUUACACUAACCCGAAAGCUCAGCAAAUUGUUCAAGAUAACCUCCACCUGAACAACCAUGUGAGGGAGACGACAAAGGGUCCCCGAUACUGUCCCUCCUUGGAAGCAAAGGUUCUGCGCUUCCCAAAUCGUGAGCAUCAGGUGUGGCUGGAGCCCGAAGGCCUGGAGUCCAACGUCAUUUACCCUCAAGGCCUGUCAAUGACACUGCCGCCUGAGCUCCAGGAGCAGGUGAUCAAAUCUAUCCGAGGCUUGGAAAAAGCCAAGAUGUUACAGCCAGGCUAUGGGGUGCAGUAUGAUUAUUUAGAUCCCCGUCAGCUGACUGCUUCUCUCGAGUCCCGUCUUGUUCAGCGGCUCUUCUUUGCAGGCCAGAUAAACGGCACUACAGGCUAUGAAGAAGCUGCAGCUCAGGGUGUGAUUGCUGGCAUCAACGCAUGCCUCCGGGUUCGUGGCAAGCCCCCUUUCAUUGUCAGUCGCACAGAGGGCUACAUCGGCGUCCUGAUCGAUGACCUUACCACGCUGGGCACCAACGAGCCGUACCGCAUGUUCACCAGCCGCGUGGAGUUCCGCAUGUCCCUCAGGCCGGACAACGCCGACGCCAGGCUUACCCACAGAGGUAGUUUCUUAGGGUGGCUCUUGCAGUCAGCAGCGCUGCCUGGUUUUAGACCUCUGUCCCAUGUGCCGCCUGCCUCUGCAGGUUUUGAGGAAGCCGGGUGUGUGUCACAGCGGCGAUACGAACAAGCGGUUGAGAUGAAGGCUGCUUUAGAGGAUGGAAUUGCAGCACUGAAAUCCCUUCAGCUCAGUGUAUCCAAAUGGUCCCAGCUAAUGCCAGAAGUUCACCUGAGUAGCAAUCGAAGGUCACCUAUGAGUGCCUUUGACGUGCUUCAAUAUCCAGAGGCCAACAUGGAGAUUCUGGCAAGGGCUAUCCCAGAACCCCUGAGAAAGUUUGCUCAAUGGAGAGAACUGUCAGAGAGAUUGAAAAUAGAAGCUGCUUAUGAGUGGUGUGUAGUCAACCAACAGCAGGAAAUAGAAGAAGUGCGUCGAGACGAAGCCCUCCAACUGCCGGAGGACCUAGAUUACUUUGCUAUUGAUGCAUCACUGUCAACAGAGGUGCGGGAGAAACUGAGCUCUAACCGUCCCCAGACGAUUGGUGCAGUCAGCCGCAUCCCUGGAAUUACCCCAGCAGCUAUUGUUAACCUGCUAAGAUUUGUGAAAAACAAACACCAGAAGGCAGAGAAGCUAAAAGCUUUCCCUCAGACUGAUAAGUAUUUACCAGGGAAAACGUACUCAGAGAAAGCAGCUUCCCAAACACAGAUUUCAGCAGAGCUUUCUGAAGGGGAGCUGGAGAGUACUUUUGUUAAAACACCUGUGUGAGAAGCAUUCGCCUCCUGCUAGAGUACGUGGCAAGAUCACCUGUGCUCACCUUAGCAUCGUCACAGAUAAAAAUGAUGUUGUCUGGAGCCAACAAGAUGCAGGAAUUGCCUUUAAAGCUCUGCUUCUGUAGAAGAUGUCAGAUCAUCAAAACCUGUCAUAAAGCGUCUUGGAAACGACUGUGUUUUGCUCUUUUGAAAUGAGUAAGAAAUGUUACCAAGCGUGAACCCACAUUAGCACAAGAGGAUUUGAGCUGGAAAGUGCUCCACUGACUCUGGUACUGGUGCUUAGAGCUGUGCAGUGGCUACGGCCUGAUGGUUUAGUGUGAUGUUAGCCAACAGGAAACUCUUGGCUAGGAACGUGUGCGCCAUACAAAUAGUAAAAUCUGUGUAGGAGGCCAACUGAAUGUAAACACUGUAUCAUGUUUUUUUUCCUGUUCUCCUUUAAAAUAAAUAAAGCUUGUCUUGAAACUUGC